GAGGGGGACAGAGAGCAAAGAGAGGAGAAGGGAGAGAGAGGGACAGAGAGAGAGACAGACAACAAGGAGAUGAGGGAAUAGUUGCGUACUUGCUACUGGAAGAGAUUGAUGAAAAUUGAGAAAAGAUCGCCAACUGGAUAGCUAGUUACCAUGUUUGGAUAACUGUGAAAGUGAUCAUUUUUCCACCAAAGCUGCAACUCAUCCUCUGAAUCAGGGUAACUGUGCUGUUUCAGAGGGGGCCUCUGUUCCCAUUGGCAUCAUGGGCUGGGCAGCUGUCGUGGUGUUGACUAUCAGUUUCCUCACAGUGAACACUGUUCUAUGCCACACUGAUGGCGACCAAGGCCAGAAGACGCUAAAAUACCUCAUCGAGCCACCGGUGUAUGCCGAGAUCACAGUACCGCGUGGGGGAAACGCCACACUGCCAUGUUUCAUGCACACCAAGCCUCCCCGCUAUCGAAUCAAAUGGGUCAAACUGGAGCCCCAGCAUCAGGGAGUGGAGAACAUCGUGCUCAUCACCAACGGGCACGCCCAGAAGCACUACGGAGGCCUGGGGCCCAGGGCCUCCCUCAGGGAGGCUCAUCCUCUGGACGCCUCCCUCCGCCUCGCCAACCUGGAGCUGGAGGACAACGGACGCUACCGCUGUGAACUGAUCAACGGGAUUGAAGAUGAGAGCGUGGAGGUCACUCUGAGUAUUGAAGGAGUUGUUUUUCCAUACCAGAGCAAACAUGGUCGCUACAAGUUAACCUUCAGCCAGGCUCAGGCUGCAUGCAAAGAGCAGGAUGCCAUACUAGCCACACACAAACAGCUCUACAAAGCUUGGACAGACGGAUUGGACUGGUGCAAUGCUGGCUGGCUGAGUGACGGGACUGUCAAUUACCCGAUUCUGUUGCCGCGUCCUGCCUGCGGUGGUGAGCUCGCUGCUGGCAUCCGGAGCUACGGCCCCCGGGACAAGACCAAGGACCAUUUCGACACUUUCUGCUUCACAUCUGCCACGUCAGGAUCUGUCUUUUUCCUGGCGGGGCCUCUGAACUUCGCUGAGGCCGAGCAGGCAUGUCGGGCAGACCGAGGGGAGCUGGCACGGGUGGGGCAGUUGUACGCCGCGUGGCGAUUCCAGGGUUUGGACCGCUGUGACGGGGGCUGGCUGCGGGACGGCAGCGUGCGCUUCCCCAUCACCGCCCCUAGGCGGCACUGUGGAGGCCUGCCCGAGCCCGGGGUGCGCAGCUUUGGCUACCCGAGCAAGGCCCAAAGAAUCUACGGUGCCUUCUGCUACAGGUGACACUCAGUAGAGGACCUACACUGAUGCAGAAGAACUUUUCCUUUCUGAAAACAAAUGAAAGGUUUAUUUGCCUAUUCUGAAAGCACAUAUGGUAAAGGAGAAUGUGUGGCAUCAAAAAGUGACAGCCUGUCAUCUCCACACAAAGACUUCA